UCUUAUUUUCAAAACAUACUUUUUAUUGCAGAUGAUUGCCGAAUACUGCAGUUUUUGGAAGCUAAAGAUGGCUCAGCGCUGGAAAAACACAUCAUAAGAACAAUUGCCUUAAACUCUGAGCAUUCGUGCAGAGUUCAGUGUUAUCUGGAGAACGCAUGCGUAUCGUACAACUUUGGAAAGAGAGUAGCAGGAGAUGAAGUCUGUGAAUUAAACAAUUCGACAGACAUACAACAUCCGGAUGAUUUAAAGCCGAGAGUGAAUUUCAUUUAUUGUGGAGCUGAGGUAUAUAAAAGUUUCCUAUAAUUUUACAAUUUUUGCAUCUAGAAAAGGAUCUCUAUAGGGAUAACCGUUAGCCGUAAAGCGGCCAAAAAGUUUAGCCUUAAAAAUAGGCGUAAAUAUUGACAAAUUCUAAUCGCUAAUCGUAAAGAAACUUUAACUGUUGAAAUAAUUGUGUUAUUACACAUUUUUUUAAACAAUCUGAAAAAGAAAACUCUUCUCUCUGGGUUUGUCAUAAAUGUGAGAACACAACGCGGACGACGGGCUUAGAAGCAAGGCAGACUUUGAAAUCGACAUGAUAAUGUCAACUUCAUUCGCCAUUGUAAAUUGAAUGUAUGCUGUCGUCCAAUCAGAGUUUUUAUAAUAAGUUUACUGUAUAAUAAUGGAAGUUAUUAACCGUUAGCGGUAAAAUGGCCAAAAUUUCUAUCGUUAGCCAUAAAUACCACCACCCCAUUGGGACCCUCUCAUAGAAAAAUCACAGAAGCCCCCCUCUAUGAAGGUUUGUCGCUUUAUUCAAAGAACAUUUUCAGGGUUAGAAUUGAUGUCACUUCAGCACAAGUUUCCCUUCAAUGAAAGAAACAGAUACAAAGUCUUAGCAGCCGGACCAUAUAUAAUUUUAUAAAGGGACUAAAUGAUGUCUCAUUAGAGAGGUUCAAUAUUGUAGUUCCUCGUUGAUGCGGACACUGCAAUCAGCACAUGUCGGAUGAUUCACGCCCUGGCUCAAUUAUGUUUUCAUGUUCUUGGGCAAGACACAUUACUAUUACCAUGUCUCUCUCCACCCAGGAACAUGAAUGAUUAAAACCUAUCAGAUCAGCAUAUUUCGAUGAAGAGCUGCAGUUCUUCAUGUCGCUUCAUUCAAGGGAAACUGAGAAAAGCUAUGGCAAUUAUGAGCUAAAGCUCACAAACCUUAACCUCUUAUCAUUCCAGAAAGAAUUACGUUCAUAGAUUCUUUUCGUACUUUACUCAGAUUACUCAGUCUGAUUUGAAUUUUUCUUUUUCCAUUUAUCAUUUCCCAGAACUCAUGUGGAACCACGCCUUGUAUGAAUGGUGGGACAUGUCAAUCCGGGUUUUUACCACACGGAUACCGCUGCCUUUGUGCUGCAGGCUUUACUGGGUUAAAAUGCGAAACAAGUAAG